UCUCUUAUGUAAGAAAACGGCAUCAUGCUAUAGAAAUUGCCGGCCGUGCUUCAUUCUGUAAUAUUAAAAUAAAAUGCUAUUCUAUAAAUCAAAUUAAUUAAUCUUGAACGAAUAAUGUAGAGUUUACCAAGUCAAUACUCCUUUCUAUUAAUCCUCCAAACACAAUUCACACUUCCUCAUAAUUUGUAAAACCAUGGCUGAAUACAAAGAAUAUAUCAUCUUCUUCCUCAUAUGGCUAGUUCCCACUAUUAUAAUCCGAACCCUAAUCAAGAAACGAUCUUCUAGAACCCUUCCUCCGAGCCCUCCAUCGUUGCCAAUCAUCGGUCAUCUUCAUCUUCUAGCUCCAAUACCUCACCAAGCCCUAGCAAAGCUCUCGUAUAAAUACGGGCCCUUGAUCCACAUACACCUCGGUUCUUACCCUUGCUUAAUCGCUUCAUCGCCCGAGAUAGCGAAAGAGUUCCUCAAAACACACGAAAGAUCUUUUUCAGACAGGCCUCAAACUGUUACUACAGACUACUUAACUUACGGUUCACAAGAUUUCUCGUUCGCACCUUACGGGCCUUUUUGGAAGUUCAUGAAGAAGCUCUGCAUGUCUCGGCUUCUUGGCGGGCCCACACUUGACCUGCUUCAGCCCGUUCGGGCCCACGAGAUAAAGAGGCUCGUUCGAUUCUUGGCGAAAAAGGCAAGAAAUGGAGAAUCGGUGGAUAUUGGAAAUGAGCUUGUUAAAAUGACGAAUAACGUGAUAUCGAGUAUGAUAAUGAGUCAACGGUGUUCGGGUGAUGAAGAAGGUGAAGCUGAGGGGGUGAGGAAAUUAGUUCAGGAUAUUGCGGAGAUUACGGGAACGUUUAAUGUUUCGGAUUAUAUUUGGUUCUGUAAGAAUUUGGAUUUGCAGGGGAUCGGUAAGAGGAUGAAAGAGGUUCGUGACAGGUUCGAUGAAAUGAUGGAGAGGAUUAUAAACGAGCAUCGAGUUCGAAGGAGGGAAUCGAGCAAGGAAUCUGUGAAGGAUUUGCUUGAUAUUUUACUUGAUAUAGCUGAAGAUGGAAGCUCUGAGAUGAAGUUAACAAGAGAGAAUAUCAAGGCUUUUAUCCUGGACUUAUUUAUUGCUGGAACAGACACAUCAGCAAUCACACUACAAUGGGCUUUAUCAGAGUUGAUCAAUCACCCUGAAAUAAUGCAAAAAGCGGCUCACGAAAUCGACUCCCUCAUAGGAAACAACGAAAGACUAGUCCAAGAAUCGGACAUUCCCAACUUGCCCUACCUGCAAGCCAUCGUAAAAGAAACACUAAGGCUCCACCCAACGGGCCCACUAAUCGUGAGGCAGUCGAGCGAAGACUGCACAGUUGGCGCGUACCACAUUCCCGCCAAAACUCGACUUUUCGUGAACGUGUGGGCCAUAGGCAGGGAUCCUAAUCAUUGGGAAAACGCACUCGAGUUUAUUCCAGAUAGGUUUAUUAACUCGUCCGUGCCGGAUUUGAGAGGGCAGCAUUAUCAUUUCUUGCCGUUUGGGAGCGGUAGAAGAGGUUGUCCUGGAAUAUCGUUGGCUCUGCAGGUUGUUCAGACAACCUUAGCUGCGAUGAUUAAGUGCUUCGAGUGGAAAGCCGACGGAGUUAGUACUCGUGUCGAUAUGGAAGAAGGGAUCGGAAUUACUUUGCCGAGGGCUAAUCCUCUCAUUUGCUCCCCUAUUAUCAGGCUCAACUCCAUUCCAUCUAGUAUUUGA